AUGAGAGACUACUACGCCAUACUUCGGGUUGCAAGGACGGCGACAAACUCCGAGAUCAAGGCAGCUUACCGACAGAUCGCGCUUGCGGUUCAUCCGGACGUCAACAAGGGAGACAAGGGGUCGGAGGACGAGUUCAAGGAUGCCUCGGAGGCGUACAGCGUGCUCGCCGACACCGAGCAGCGUAGGAUAUACGACCGAACUCUCGGGGUGCGCAAGGUCAACUCCUCAAGCACAAGAUGGGCGGACGCGGCGAAAAAGACCAAGGCUCAGCAGCCGCUGUACACGGCGAAGCCGCCGCCGGGGAUGAAGAUCCACAACGAGGGCGAGUGGAAGGCCUGGCACUACGGUGUGGACGCUGUCCAGAAGGAGGCGUUUGUGCAGGAAGCAAAUUGGUUAGACUUAGAGGGGAACAGGCACCAGGCGUACUUCCGAAGACAGGAGAAGAAGGAGAAGGCCAUGUACGGGGUGGGCAGGGGGCACAAGUUCAACGCUUCGCGGCAGCGACACGACGUGAUCGAGAGGGUGCGGCUGAGGAGAGAGGAGCGGCUCAAGCGGGAUCGCUCGCGCCGGCCGGCGGAGGAUAACGCGGCGGCGGACGAUGUUUGUUCCAUCUCCUAAUAAUUUACAGGGGGAAAAAAACAUAUUUUUCCCUGGAAACAAUUGGAAAAAUAACUGUUUUUAGACAGUGGAGAGGUUUCUUGUUGCAU